AUGUGCUGGACAUUUCUGCAGCUGCUGAUCCUGGUGACACUCAGCUGUCCAUCAUGUGCUGAAGAUAAGACGGAGGGUACUGCUUCCUGCCCAGGAGAUCAAAAGGCCUUUGGAGGCUCCUGCUAUGAGUUCGUGGGUCAUCGGCAUUCUUUUUUCAGUGCUCAAGCUUGGUGUGAGGAGAGUGGAGGACACCUUGCAUUUAUCCCAGAUGAAGACACUCAACAUUUCCUUCAGAGACAUCUGGACCCUGAGAAAGACACAUGGCUUGGGUUAGCACCUCCUUCCUCUCCAAAACCGUCAUAUUCUGCAACUGUGGACGGUGGUCUCUCUUGGCUGGAUGGUUCACAUGUCACCUAUUCAAACUGGGUGAGCAGCCUGCAGCCAGGAGCAGCUUGUGGACAUGUCUUAAAAGACUCAGGCUUCCAAUGGGACGCCACAACAGACUGCUACAAAAAACUGCAUUUUAUCUGCCAGUUUGAGUCUGGGAGAUCCAUUGUGUGUGCGGAUCAUAACCUCACUUUGCAGUGUGGUCCUGGUCAUGUGUUAAUCAUAGACAGUGGCUUCUACGGGCGUAAAACCAUUCAUUAUUGUCGAUCCACGCUCUCCCGACCAUCAACAUCCACACAACAUCAGUGUGGCUGGGUGGAUGUUGGAGCGUCAAUUAGAGCCCACUGCAGCGGCCGUCAGGUUUGCCUGAUUGCUGAAGUUGUGAACUCCUUUGGUGAAUCCUGCCCUCAGCUGGGGAGCUACCUGUCUGUGGAUUACCACUGCAAAGAUGGUUCAAAUGUGACUUACAGAAUCCAGAGUGAUGAAACGAUGCUGUCUGGUUUAUCAUUGGUCAGAGGAAAUGUUCCCCACAACAUCACAGUGACUCCGGAAAUGGUGAAGCAACUCGGGCCUGGUUGCCACCAGCUGAUCCUUUAUGCAUACAACAUGGUCACGUUCCCUGAAGUGUCCACAGACCUGCAGAACCCGUCAUCUACCACCAAACUACCAGCUGCCGAUGUUACGACAGCCAAACCUGGAGAGAAAACACCAGCCGCUGCUGGUCCUGUUACUACAGCACCGGGCAUGAUCAGCAGCAGCACUAUCACCACUACCAAUGCUAUAACCAGGGAUACAACUUUACCAUCAACCACCAACAAUGCUGAUAGCCUGUCAUGUAAGAAUCUGCGUUGCAGCAAGAACAGGAAAGUGAAAUCUGUGUUCCUUCCCCACGGCGACAGCCGUUCUGAUUACAAGCUGAUAAUCACAGCCGCUGCAAAAGAUAAGAGCUUUGUAGUUCGCACCACUAUAACUACACAGGUGAAGGACUCCAUAGAAGACUCUGGCUCUUCAGUAGAUGCUCUUAAGGCAUCAGUGGAGGAUACUGUGGCUCAGCUGAAGAAACAAGGCAUACUGUCAGGAGAAACCAUGGGACAAAUCUUCAGUUCUGUGUCCGACAAACUGAACAGUCAAUCUGAUGAAUCAAAAAAAGCUGAUAGACAAAAGCUUCGUGAACAGAUGCUGGACAUAAUGAUUGACACAGUGACAGAGGUUCCCACCAACUCUGCAGAAGAAGUUCAGGCGAUAGCCAGCGGUCUUACUGCUGUCGUCCAGAGAGGCACUGAACUCAGCUCCUCUGCUCAGGCAGAGGCUUCAUUAUUAUUUGCCAAACUCAGCUCAUCUCUUCUCCACAUGGACAUGAACAAAAGUGAAGAAAACAUGGAAGAAAUAUACACUGCAGCCAGCACCAUUGUGGAAGGAACAAGCAAUAUCCUGAGCUAUUCUUCCAAUGGAGCAGAACGUAAACUGGGUGGCCCUCCUGCGGAAGUUGCAAAUGAGUACUCGCUCACCUGGAAGCAGAAGUGUCAGCUUGGCCCAGUGAAUCCAGGAAGUUUGCACACGGAUUCUUUAAAUAUUCCCAAUUGUUCCUGCCCCUCAUUUUCUCUCCCAGAACUACCCUCCAACAUAUUUCCUUCAGAAGAACCAGUGGAUAUACGAAUGCUGAGUUUAGAUAAAAAUCCAUUUUCGUGGAAUGAGAGAGGAAACAUCAGUGGGUUAAUUGGUGCUUUAUCCCUUACAACAAAAGAUGGCUCCAGAAUCAAUGUGGAGAAUUUGAGUGAGAAAAUUGAGAUCCUGUUGCCAAGGCCUGUUGAAGAGCAGGUGAAAACCUCAGUUUUGGACCUGGGCAACUUCAGCACAACGGUCAUAGAUGUUCCUUCAGCUGACUCUACACUGGUGUUAAAGAUGGUGCCUUCAAAGGAUCCAUUACCCCUCAAACUGUUCCUUGGCUAUAUGGGCUACCCCACUGAAACAAAUUAUGUAGCAAUGACAGAGAUGCCUCACCAGGGGACUACCCAAGAGGAGAGAUACACUUGGCUACUAGACCAUAAGAGUUUGAAAGGAAACACAGGAGUGCACUAUCUUGUAGUGAAGCCCAUAGUAGGCCCGGGUAUAAAAUCCAUCAAUGCCAGUUUAUCAGUCACCUCCAUCACUGCCGCAUGUAAAUUUUGGAAUGAAUCAUUACUGGAUUGGAGCGAUGCAGGAUGCAGGGUUGGUGUUCAGACCACACAUUUAGUCACCCAGUGCCUCUGCAACCACCUCACCUUCUUUGGGAGCUCUUUCUUUGUCACUCCCAACCUUGUUGACCCAUCACGCUCAGCUGAGCUGUUUGGGACCUUUGCUGAGAAUCCUGUGGUUGUCUGCUUCGUGGGUGCGCUCUUUGUGGCUUAUCUCUUGGUGCUUGUGUGGGCACGACGAAAAGACAUCCAAGAUACUGCCAAGGUGAAGGUGACGGUGCUGGAUGACAAUGACCUCAUGGACGAGUACCGCUACUUGUUAAGUGUUAGCACUGGGCAUCGGAGAGGAGCCUCCACUUCCUCUCAGGUGACAAUUACUCUGUUGGGUCCAGAUGGAAACAGUGAGCCGCACCACCUGACAGAUCCAAAGAAAUGUGUGUUUGAGAGAGGUGAGGUGGAUAUGUUCCUGCUAACGACACCCUACUGUCUGGGAGACCUUCAGGGCAUCAGGCUGUGGCACAACAACUCAGGGAGCCAUCCUGCCUGGUAUGUAGGUAACGUCAUGGUGCAGGAUUUACAGACGAACCAGAAAUGGCAUUUUCUAUGCAACUCCUGGCUGGCCAUAGACAUCGGUGAUUGUUCCCUUGAUAAAGUUUUUCCUGUCUCUACAGAGAUGGAUUUGAAGAGGUUCAGUAAUUUGUUCUUCAUGAAGACAACAAAGGAUUUCAGUGAUGGACACCUCUGGUACUCUGUGGUCAGCCGACCACCGAGCAGCACCUUCACUUGUGUGCAGAGAGUGUCCUGCUGUUUCUCUCUGCUGCUCUGCACCAUGCUGACCAGCAUCAUGUUUUAUGGUAUCCCAACAGACCCAUCUGAGCAGACCAUGGAUCUGGGUCACUUUGAGUUUACCUGGCAACAGUUCAUGAUUGGAGUUCAGAGUUCGCUCAUCAUGUUUCCAGUGAACGUCCUCAUUGUUAGUAUCUUCAGAAACACCCGUCCUUGGGAGACAUCUUGUUGCAAACGCAAAACAGAAAAAACAGAUGCCCUUGAGCAGGAGAGAACUUCCCAGACUCCUUCCUCACAGACUGACACCACCAACACAAAUGUCAAUGUCACUUUAGACGUUAUCAUCAAGGAUAUCACAAGAAUUGCCCAUUCAUUAUCUAAGACCGUAAAAAGCAACAUCCCGUGCACAGCGUCCGAGUUUGGGCCAGGACAACAAGUUGAUAUCAAUGCUGUUCUUUCUGUGGUGGAGGAUUUCAUCAGACAGAGUAACAAAAGCAGUGACAGUGCCCAGUCAAAAACACAGAGAUUUUCUAACCUCCUUAGAAUGAAUACAAGAAGCACCAGUAUGUGUCAGCUUGUGGAGGGCAUUCAUAGGAAGAGCAACAAAACCCAGUAUCUGUACAUGCAGCUGUGUCACAUCGACAAAGAGCUGAGCCUGCUGGGACCCUCCGGCUGCCCCUCCCCACACAGCUACAGCCAGGCUCUGCAGCAGGUCCAGGGCAUGAAGAGCGUCCUCGAAGAUCAGCUCUUCACAUCCAGCUGCAUCAACCUCGAUGAGCACACCCAGAAGAAAUUGAGUCCUGCAGACAGCGCUGAUGGUGACGGUGAUCAGAAGAAAAGGAUAUGCUGUCAUGGAGGUCUCCCCUGGUGGUUUAUUUUUGUCGGCUGGCUGCUAGUGAUCGCUACCAGUGUUGUUUCGGGAUAUUUCACGAUGCUUUACGGUUUAAAAUUUGGGAAGGAACGUUCCAUAAACUGGUUGGUAUCCAUGAUUGUCUCCUUUUUUCAGAGUACCCUCGUCAUUCAGCCAUUGAAGGUGCUAUGCCUUGCAGCCUUCUUUGCACUUGUAAUAAAGAAAGUUGAUGAGGAAGAUUUUCAAAAUGUAGCAUUUGCAAGAAAUGACUCAAAUCAAGGUGAUUUUAAAGACCAGCAAACACUCAGACAGGAUAGGAAUCUCUAUGAGCCGCCUCCUCCUGCAGACAUUGAGAGGAUGAAGAGGAACAAGAUUAUGGAGCAGAAAGCCUUUGCCCUCCUCAAAGAGAUUUUGACCUACUUGGGGUUUAUGUGGAUGUUGCUGCUGGUGGCGUACAGCCAGAGAGAUCCCAAUGCUUUCUUCCUAAACCAGCACAUCCGGGACAGCUUCAGUGGAGCGAUCACAGACAGCAUGAGUCUUGGGGACGUGUUCAAUUGGACCAACACAUCUCUACUCAGUAACCUCUUUGGAGUUUAUCCAGGAUUUAUCACAGAUGGAAACUCCAAGCUGGUGGGUUAUGCCCGUCUUCGUCAGCUGAGAGUUCGGAAGAACUCCUGUCAGACUGCAGGCUCCACGCUGCGGUUUGUGCCAGACUGUCAGGUGCCAUACUCAUGGGAAGGGGAGGACAUGGGCUCCUAUUACGCUGGCUGGAACCACUCUCUGGGGGGUAAUGUCUCUACAAGCACCUCCAGCCCCUGGAUGUACCAGACACAGGCUCAGCUCAGGGCUCACCCUGUCUGGGGAAAAAUGGUGCUCUACAGGGGAGGUGGCUUUGUAGCAGAGCUUGGCCCAGAUUUACAAAAUGCAAGCAGCACCAUUGAGUAUCUGUUCAGGAACAGAUGGCUGGAUAUAUACACACGGGCAUUCAUUGUAGAAUUCACCGUUUAUAAUGCAAAUGUGAACCUCUUCUGCAUCGUCACACUCUUGUUUGAGACCACAGCUGUUGGAGCAUUUCAGUUCCACAGUGAGCUGCAGAGUGUUCGCCUGUACCAAUCAACUGGUGGUUUUCACAUCUUCGUUAUGGCUGCUGAGAUCAUAUACUUGCUUUUCAUCCUCUAUUAUAUGUUCCUGCAGGGAAAAUUAAUGAAGCAACAGCAUUGGGCUUACUUCAGGAGUAAGUGGAACCUCCUGGAGUUGGCUAUCAUCUUAUUGAGCUGGAGCGCUGUGGCCGUCUUCAUCAAGAGCACCCUGCUUGGAAACCGUGAUAUGACGUACUACCAUAACCACAAAGACCAAUUUGCUAGUUUUUACGAGACAGCCAUGGCUGACUGGAUGCUUCAGUGUCUGAUCGCUUUCCUGGUCCUGCUCGCCACCAUCAAACUGUGGCACCUGCUCAGACUGAACCCCAAGAUGAACAUGAUCACAGCCACAUUGCAGCGAGCCUGGAGUGACAUAUCCGGCUUUCUUUUGAUCAUUGUGAUCUUGUUCAUAGCAUAUUCCAUUGUGUGCAAUGUGAUUUAUGGCUGGAAGCUGUCCUCAUACAGAACUUUAUCAGAUGCCCUCCUCACCAUCAUCGGCUUGCAGAUAGGCAUCUUCAACUAUGACGAGGUCUUGGACUACAACCUCCUGCUUGGUGGAUUACUCUUUGGUUCCUGCAUUGUGAUCAUGACAUUUGUGCUGCUCAAUCUCCUCAUUUCAGUCAUCCUCGUGGCAUUCCACCAGGAGCAGAUAUAUCACAAGCCCUCGGAGGAGGAGGAGAUUGUCGCCCUGAUGCUGAAGAAAAUUUGCAGUCUUUUUGGGAUCAGAUAUAAAGAUAUUAAAGACUCCCAGGGGGCUGACAUGAAUGGCAGCAGUGGUUUGACCCUUAAUAACAGCAGAAUCAUCCCCAGGAAUUCAAUUGAUGUCAAUAUUUUUCACACAUCUGACAACUCACCAAACCCUUAA